AGUCGUAUAGAAGGGGGAGGAGGAGGAGCAGAUUGAGGUAGUAAUAGUUUUAGAAAAAGGGCAAAAAAUGGCUCGUGGGAAGAUCCAGAUCAAGCGGAUAGAGAAUCAAACCAACAGGCAAGUGACCUACUCUAAGAGAAGAAACGGGCUGUUUAAGAAAGCUCAUGAGCUCACCGUCCUGUGCGAUGCUAGAGUUUCCAUCAUCAUGGUCUCCAGUACCCAGAAGCUUCAUGAAUACAUCAGUCCCACAGCCACGACAAAGCAGUUGGUUGAUCAGUAUCAAAAGGCUGUAGGGGUUGAUCUUUGGAGCUCCCACUACGAGAAAAUGCAAGAGCAAUUGAAGAAGCUAAAGGACGUGAAUAGAAAUCUUCGUAAGGAGAUCAGGCAGAGGAUGGGGGAGAGUUUGAAUGAUCUGAGUUAUGAUGAGCUCGGUUUUCUCAUGGAAGACGUGGAUAAUUCUCUGAGGGCCAUUCGGGAGAGGAAGUAUAAGGUAAUUGGGAAUCAGAUCGAGACUCACAAGAAAAAGCUGAGGAAUGUUGAAGAAAUACACAGAAAUCUCCUGCUUGAACUGGAUGCUAGAGGAGAGGAUCCACACUAUGGCUUGGUUGAUAACGGCGGAGGGGACUACAAUCCGGUCCUUGGCUAUCCUCGUGUGUUGGCAUUACGCUUUCAGCCUACCCAGCCUAAUCUUCACAGUGGAGGUGGAAGCUCGGAUCUUACGACUUUUGCCCUGCUUGAGUAGCAAUUUGAUGUACUAUAUAUAUACAUUUGAUCUCUAUUUCUACGUUGUGAUGAUCUCUAU